AUGAGAUCUGCUAGAGCUACGCACUGUGAAUCUUGGCCAAGAUUAAUUCGUGUGCAUUGGUGCUGGGGGGGUUGUGCAGCGGACUGGUUCGCGCAAGUCCUGCAUGCUCAUACAUCUGAGGAAGCACAGGGGUUCACUUCUGGAUGGACUGCAAAACUUGCAAGUUAUCGGGGGAGAAAUCCAGCUCGUGAUUUCUUCCGCAACACCAAGUUGCCAGUGGAACCGGUUAAUGUGACAGUCAUUGCCAAAAUGCCGAAUGGCAAAGAUGGUGAACUGGUAGUGCCUGUGAUUCUUCCUCAUCUACUUGUGGACUAUUUGGUGUCAGAGUGCCAUUUGCCGAUUGACAACGUUCGCGUUCGCCAAUACUGGUCGCACAUGGAGGCAUUUCAGGACACUGUAGCCGUGAGCACUCGGGCGUUCCGGCAGGCUGCAGGCAUGCCAAUUGUUCCACUCUGCCUGUAUGGUGAUGAAGCGCAGAUCGGGCUACAAAACGCUCCCAUGAACAAAGUGCUUGGUAUGAAUUUGAGCUUUCCCUUGUUUCGUCCCAAGGCGACCCGCCUAUCACGUUUUAUGCUUUUCUGCGUGGACAGCGAACAAAUCUCCUCGAUCGAAAAAACUAUUUUCCCGAUCCUUCAUCGCCUCACAGAGUCCUUGAACCACUUGACGGAUCACGGGAUUGAUGGCCGCCGAUUCAUUUGCACAGAACUUCGUGGGGACCAAGUCUGGUUUCGUCAACUGUUCCGGCACCAGUCAUAUUGGAUUGCCAAAAAGGUUUGCUUCCGUUGCCAAGCUUGCACUGACAUCGAUACAUUGGAUUACACAGAUCUGGGUGUCCUUUCAUCAGGCUGGGCCUCGACUUUGCGGACCACUGCGCAGUUUGUGGCGAACGAGAUCCCACAGGGUGAAGAACAAUGCUUCUUGCGGGGGCUUAGCUUCUUCGAGGUAUCCUUGCUGAAGGGUUGUACCUUGCACAUUCUCAAUUUGGGCAUGCUUGCAAUCUCCAAUGGCUCGGUUUUGAACUUUGACUGA